UACCGCAAUUAUCGACAUGUUAUCGCGUGGCGAUAAUUGUGUGUCAUGGUUUUACAAAAAUAGUGAAUUCGUAAACAUUUACGGAUAAGAAAAUAGGAAAAUUUGUUAAACAUUAAGCAGAAUAGAAGUUUAAUAUAGUCAGCGCAUAUCCCAAAUUACUUAAAAGUUCCCCACAAAAAAUAAUUUAGUACUUGCGUAUGUCGGAUAUACUUAUGAAUAUGACAGAAUCUUGUACAUUUGGUAGAGAUAAUUUUAUUGCUGAGGAAUGGAAAAAUUGGUGCCGUCUCUGUGCAAGGGCUAAUUCUCAAUACAUAAACAUCAUAUCCGCACAGAGUCAGCUAAAUGCGAUAAAUAAUAGCGGCUACGAUUGCAGUACUAUUGCUCCUUUUAUAGAGGACUUCUUUCGGGUUCAUAUUAAAGAGGAUGAAAAACUCUCGCAGUUGGUUUGUACAGAAUGUUAUCAAGUAAUGAAUUCUAUAAUCAGAUUUAAAGAGCGGGUAAACAGGGUUCAGCAAAUGUACGACGAUUUACAAUGUAACAAAUACCUAGGCAAACUAAAUUCAAGUGCUUUGCAUGAGAAAUACGAGUUAAUUGAAAAUGAACCAUUUUUAAUCCCUUGUGCCACUAAACUUCCAGUUGAAGAAAUUUUCGUUGCCGAUUUGCCAGUUACAAAUGCUUCUCAAUCAUCAGAAAUCGAAAUAAAAAGUGAGAGAAAUACUGACGAAAUGCAGACGGAUGUUCUUGCAGCUGAGUUAGAGAAAAUAGAUGAAUUCAAAGAUCCAUUUGGCGAUGCAGAAAGUAAUAGCGAUGACCCAGAUUAUUCGCCGGUGGGAAGUAGUGACGAUGAAGAUAGUGAUGAAGAUUUUGAAGUAAAAAAGGAGGAUUCAAAAAACGUUACAAAAGAGUCGGAAAAAAUCUCGGAUGCGUCUACACAUGGCUUGGAGUAUAACUACUCUUGUAAAAUGUGCUCUGAAAGUUUUAAGUAUAUUAGGGAUUACGGUGGUCAUAUGAAAAAGGCACAUGGUGAAGUAAUUUGUCCCCAUUGCCCCGAUUCAUUCAAAAACACUUAUAAAUUGAAGUCGCAUAUGAAAGUUCACCCAAAGUCAUUUUCCUGUUCACAUUGCGAUAAAAGUUUCGCAACAAGACAACGUUUAGAAAGACAUAUAAAAUGUAAGCACGUGGCUCGGCCAUCGCUUAUUUGUGAAGUAUGUGGUGUGACUUUGCUCACAAAAAAACAACUAUCAGACCACAUGUUACAGCACACUGAUUAUGCGCCAUUUGAAUGUAAGGUUUGCGGUGGAUGUUUCAAAUUGAGAAGUCGUUUAAAGAGGCAUAUGCAAAUACAUGGAGACAAGCUUAUUUGUCCAGAAUGUGGCAAACAGUUGAGCUCGCGAGCUACUCUCAAGAGUCAUUUAUUGGUACAUUCCGAUAAGAUGUCUCAUAAAUGUGACUUUUGCGGCCGUCUCUUUAAGCGGCCAAAUACAUUGAAAAACCACAUAAUUGCCCAUACUGACCUCAGACCUUACAAAUGCGACUUUUGUGAUAAAUGUUUCUCUACUGGGCCAAGUUGUCGUUUUCAUAAAAAAACUAUGCAUCCGAUGGAAUUAGCUGCGCUGGAAGCAACAGGGGCUAAAGCUUAUACCAAAAAUAUCCCUAAACUACACGUACUAAAAGAAGUGUCGAAAAUGGGCAAAAACUUGAAACCACUGGCAUCGAAACAAAAUGGUUUUGCACAUUUCGAUAAGGAAAUACAACAAAAACCUGAGGCUACAGAUACACAGCCGACAGUCGAUACAACAAAUUACGGAGUUCAGCUCGAAAAAGAGAUAAUCUACUUAUAUCGGGCAGAAUUGUUUAUAAUGCUUACAUCCAAACAAUCUCAGAAAGUCUCGGCUGCGGCGUUGGGCUCGGAGAAUACCGCAACCGAUAAUGGGAACAUAGCUUGGAAGCAUUGGUGCCGUUUGUGCUCUAAAGAAGACGAAAGCAAUUUAAAUAUCUUUCCUGAAAUAGCAGAACCAGGAAGUGUAAUGGAUACCACUUUGGCGACUGCUAUUGGAAAGUUUUUUUGGGUCAAUAUUAGACCAAAUGAUGAAAUAUCAAAAUUUGUUUGCCUUGAAUGUCACACGCUGGUUUGUUCACUGACACAGUUUACUGAACGUGUUAACAAAGUGCAAGCCAUGUUUUGCGCACUGCAAAAUUCAAAUUCUAAUAAUACAAUGGACCUUAAUGAAGUAAAAUUACAAUAUGGGUUGCUCGAUAUGGAGUGGGACCAUAUAAUUAAGCUGGAACGCGCUGCUGAGGAGAAAGAAAUUAAUGACGAUAAAGGUUUAGGUGAUGAAUGUGAAUGGGAAUCAGAAGGAAUAUAUAGUAAGGAAGAAGAGCUUGAAUUUCAAAAAAACGACGAAUCAAAGGUAUCAGAAAAACUUUCCUUUGAGCGUAUAAAUCGAGGUUUGAAAAGAAAACGAAAUGUAGGUAGUGAUAAUGACGGAGAAGAAUAUAUAAUACCGAUAGGCACAAUAAUCGGUGAUUCUGAGGAGGAAGCCGAAGAGCACAUUUUGUUUGAAAAGAACACAACCGAAGAAGGGUUAGACGAUGCUGAAUUGCUUCGACAACUAAGAGGGGAGGAAGGCGAUCACGAUGCAAAUACAGAGCAACAAAAAAAUAAGGCGGUAAAAGAAAAAAAAGCUAAGGAAAUAAUUGAAGAAAAUAAUGAAAAUAUACAAGAAGUUGUUGAAACCUACGAUUCAAAUAAUGAUUCUAGCAGUGGCGAUCAAUCGGCUCCAGCCCAUAGUAUUGAUUCAAGUAGUCGGACACGUAAGAAACGACGUGGUAGGCCACCAAAUUACGACAUGGAUGAUAUAAAAGAAAAUGGGAAAACUGAUCCAAAUUCCGAAGAAGAUACAAAUGACAAUUGCCAAACAUCCUUUAAAUAUGAAUGCAACAUAUGUCACAAAAAAUAUAAAAAUCCAACAUCUUAUCGCAAACAUACGUCGGAAAAGCAUAACAUGGAGCCAGACAUCCCGGAUUUCAAAUGUGAAACUUGCGAUAAAAUAUACCCAACACAGCGACAAUUAGAAUUACAUGCGCGAUCGCAUCUAGCACUUGAGGAUAAACUUGAUAUACCGUGCCCCUAUUGUGAUCGAAAAUUUACUAAAGUAGCAGUGAUGCGUCAACAUGUACAGGGCAUACACGAAAACAAGAAGCCCUACGUGUGUGAGGAGUGUGGGCGAUCUAUGAAAACAUUGGCCGCAUUAAGUGAACACAAACUAGUUCAUACCGACGACACACCGUACGAAUGUGAGGUGUGUCAAAAAGCAUUCAAGACUAAAGCUCGAUUGAAGGUACACUUGGAGACACAUACGCUCUCCUCAUUCAUUUGUCCUGAGUGUGGUCUAAGCCUAAAUACGCGCCGCACGCUGAAAAUGCAUAUGAUUGUUCAUUCGGAUGCCAAACGUUACAAAUGUGACUUCUGUCCAACGGCUUUUAAGCGGGCUAAGGCUUUAAAAAAUCACCUGAUUUUACACACUGGUAUGCGGCCGUACAAAUGCAACUUUUGCGAGAAAACUUUUUCAAAUGGUUCCAACUGUCGUUCUCAUAAAAAGAAGAUGCACGCACAGGAAUUAGCCGAAGAAGAGGCAAUGGGGAAGAAAUCGGAAGCCGUUAGUGUGCCCAAACUUGAAGAACUGCGGUCGAGCACAAGUGUCGUAGAAAAUCCCCGAAUGGUUCAGCGUCAUCAUGGCGGUUUGCCGAUACACAUGAGGCAACUGUUAAUUGCAGCGGAGGAACGCGAAAAACGUACUGAGACCCCGAAACAAACAAAUGAAGAAUAUCUCGAUGAAAGUAUUGAAUCAUUCGAAGAUGAAACACAAACUCAGUCAAUAGUGGCAUCCAAAAUACAGCUAGAGGCUGAUGACGAUGCAGAGUUUAUUGAGUUGCAGGAGGACAUGAUGGAGGAUGAUGAUGCCGAUAGUGAAGUGACGGUGGUAUAUGAAAUAAUUGGUGAAAUAUAAGUAACAAUAUUUCUUAAACAUAAAAAACCGUUUUUAAUGCAAUACGAGUUAAC